CUCUCGCAUCCGGCUGCUGAAUGUAGUGGAUGACAUUAUUCGCCGUUCAGAAAGCCUUUCUCCAUUGCAGACAGAAAUGGAUAAAUUCUUCCUCCUUUUGAAUUCUAUGAUUGAAGAAGGACAAAAAUUCCUUGGAGGUCAGAAAGAUGUAUGUCAAACUUUCAAUCGUCGCAAAGUGUUACAUUCUAACGUGAGUUACAAGGACGAUCAAAACCCGGAUGAUGGCCUACAGGAGACUUUACCGUCUCACCCACAGUCUAUUGCCAAUUCUGUGUCUGAGGUAUGUUCAUGAUGAAUCUAACCAUCAGAAAUUGACGAAUCCUAAUGUUAUCCAGAACGAGCAUCAAGAUUCUCACAGUGACCCAAAUGGUGCCUCACCCUCAACUCCGACACCUGGACUCAGGUCCCGUUUACACAAAAAAGCCGAGGUAUGCUCAAGAUCAAUUCCAUUGACGAAAUCAUGAAGUGUUAAUAUCUUUUAGAAUUUGUUUGUCCAAAUAGAAGAAGUCUCACCCCCAAGCAUCCUUCUACCACUCCUCCACCAAAGGAAUCUGCUCCUGGCAAACAAUCUCAAAGGGAAACAUUCUCCCUCAGAAGAUGGAAGAUGCUGUCUUGUAAAACGUUCAUGAUCCAUAUGCUUUACAUUCUCUAGUGCAGAGAUCAACUUCCUGGUCACAUUUCAUGGGGACAAGAUCCAAUGCCCAUCUCAUCAAACAGGUCCAAUCAAAAACUGGAGAUAUUAGUACCAUAAUCUUCUAUGCAUGCCCAUUUGUUCGUUUUUCAGCUGAAAGCCUUGGCCUUUUGCAUCAUAUCAGCAUUGCAGCUUUAAAUUGUCGAUAACCUUCGAUGGUACGUGCAAAAUUGAUUGACGAGCAUCAAGCAAAGAUGCACAUCCAGAGCUUUCAUUCACUAUCAGGAUGAAAAUUUAUUCCUUGACGUUGAAGCUAACAUCGUCUUCUAAUUGGGCAUUCCCCUCAGGUUACUUGAUCCUGCCAAAGACGUCAACGUAACCAAGCCGACCUCGAGCCUACCCCUGGUAGCGCAAUGAAAACCCAAUUCCUCAACAGAGCUUCCACGCUCAAUGGUCAAUAUCGCACAGCAUUCGAAAACUGGUUUUGCAAACUUACCAGCAUCACUGAAGUUCACACUGGUCCCAGACACCUAACCAGAUGUGACGAUUGUAAGAUUUUUCUCCCUUCUCUUUUUGCUUUCGUAAAAGCCUCUAAAAAAAGGAAUGCAAGGUAUUACACCACAAUGCCUUUUUGGUCGAUACAAUGGCGUUCUCGCAGAGUAUCAUGAAAAUCUCUCUCUGAAAUAUGUGCCUACAAAACCUAGGGAUCGUUUAAUCAAAUCUACAAACGGAGAUGGACUGUUCGUUCCAUGGUCUCAAACACCAUUCCUCCAGAAAGGUAAGAUACAUUCACAUUCUUUCUCUAACUAACUUGAUCACCAAUCUUACAAUUAUCAGCGCUUCCAAAUCGAUCGCCUAUUCUCACUCAGACGUCUGCUGAAGAGUAUCAACAUUCAAAGAAAUAUACUAUCUCCAACAAGCGCCUCGCAUGUCAAUCUGUUGUCAUCGGUUCACCCAUCGUUGCUAGUCAAAGUCUUUCGGUCAACAGACAACCAUUAGUAUUUUGGAGCAAUGUGGGCUCCCCUUGAUACCUGGAUUUGCAGAAAUGAACAUGAAUGACCAAUGUGCAUUAGCUAAGUCUGUCCAAGCACGAUACCUUGAGCUUUCCGAUGCUAGAGGCUCAAGCUGUCCAAUGAUUAUGCUUUAUGGCUACUUCCCACGCCGAAAAUUCAGAUGCAAGUUUAUCGAGCGAUGCACUGAAGCAUACCUUGGUUGCAACCCAAAAACCUGUGGCAAAUCGCAUGUAUUGUAGACAUUCAUAUGCAGUCGUACCAAUCGACCCGUUCAUGAUGCUUUGACAAUCCACGUCAAACGUUUAGAAGAGAUCCCACGAGUCUAUCAGCUUGCUAUUUAGUACGUACAGAGUCUUGAUGAAUCUUAUAUCUACCAUCCGUCAACAAAGAUGCCAAUUUUCAGAAAUUGUCCCAAACAACGUUUGCCAGAUCUAGCUUAAAUCAGGGGGCGUUAGCGGUAGUGACUAGGCGCGCACAACGAGUACUCGCGGAGCGGAUUAUUGCUUUGCUGGAUAAUCCGUGUGUAAUCCGCCUGCGAAGCAGGUAUUGGAAAAUCUGAAUGAAU